CAUUUUCUAUUCUCCAAGUUGUCUUUACUUUCAUUUUAUUUAUUCAUUAAUGCACUCAUAGUUUACAUGUUAGUAGGUACUGUAGAUGAUCUUAUGCUGGCUAGACUAAUUAUACUAAUUAUACUGGUUAUACUAGAUACUCUAGAUAUACAUAUUGGUGGUCGGUGCUCACGUGACCGGCGUUCGCUAUUUAAAGCGACGAUUUAAUCUAAUCCCGCCAGCUACUCCAUCUUCUUUACAAUUACAAUGGCAUUCGAAUGGGAAGUUGUUGUUUACGAUAAACCAGGGACUGACAGAACCCCGGUCAGAGCAGACCACGUUAAAAACAUUCCUGCGGCAGUCAAUGCCGGUAUUUUAACCUCUGCUGGUGCAAUUUAUACCGAUGAAACCAAAUCCAAAUUUGCCGGAAGUGCUUUACAUGUAAUUGCUGACACCAAGCAAGAAGUCAUUGAUUUCUUGAAAACCGACGUUUAUGCUAAAGCAGGCAUUUGGGAUCUUGAUAAUGUUAUUGCUUUCCCUCUUGGUUUAGCUGUCAGAUUACCUAAAAAAAUGGAUGGUGUCACUGUGGGUUUUGAUCAUUAACUAUCCAGAUUAUAAUUCUUAUUAAUAUAUGAUUUAUUAUUCAA